AUGACAGACAUCGCCAUCACAAAAUGCAGUACGCGAGACGUGCGCUUCCCGACUUCACUCGAUGGUACGGGGUCCGACGCGAUGAAUGCCGCAGGUGAUUACUCGGCCGCUUACUGCAUCCUUGAGACAAGUUCCGCUUUUACCGGCCACGGCAUGACAUUCACUAUAGGUCGUGGGAAUGACUUAGUCUGCCGUGCAAUUGAGUACUUCGCAGACCGGGUUGAAGGCAAAUCCCUUAACAGCCUGACUAAGGAUUGGGGCAAAACAUGGCGUUAUCUUGUCAACGAUUCUCAACUUCGCUGGAUCGGGCCCGAGAAAGGAGUCAUUCACCUCGCCCUCGGUGCUGUUGUGAACGCCAUCUGGGAUUUAUGGGCCAAAGUCAUGGGAAAGCCCGUUUGGAAACUGGUUGCCGAUAUGAGUCCAGAGGAACUGGUAAAAUGUAUCGACUUUCGGUACAUCACCGACGCUAUUACGCCCGAAGAGGCCAUUGCCCUUCUUAGCAAGGCUCAAGAAGGCAAAAACGAUAGAAUUAAGGUCACAGAGUCCAACAGAGCAGUGCCUGCCUAUACAACAAGCGCAGGAUGGUUGGGUUACAGCGAGGACAAAGUCAAGGUCCUUCUCCAAGAGGCCGUUAGCCAAGGCUACAAGCACGUCAAAAUGAAGGUUGGCGGCAACUUGGACAAGGACAAACGGCGGUUGAGCAUCGCUCGCGAAAUAAUCGGCCCGGACCGUGUCUUGAUGGUCGAUGCAAACCAAGUUUGGUCAGUACCCGAGGCAAUCGAGUACAUGAAGGAGUUGUCAGACGCCAAGCCAUGGUUCAUUGAGGAACCUACUUCACCGGACGACAUUCUCGGCCACAAGGCCAUCCGAGAAGCUCUGAAACCUUACAGGAUUGGAGUGGCAACUGGAGAGAUGUGUCAAAAUCGAAUCAUGUUCAAGCAGCUGCUCAUGGGUGGCUGUAUCGACAUUUGUCAGAUUGAUGCUUGCAGGGUGGGCGGCGUUAACGAAGUUCUGGCUAUCCUUCUCAUGGCCAAGAAGUUUGGUAUUCCUGUAGUUCCUCAUUCGGGCGGCGUCGGGCUUCCCGAAUACACGGCACACCUGAGCACCAUUGACUUUGUGGUUGUCAGCGGCAAGCCAUCUCUGUUGGAGUAUGUCGAUCACUUGCAUGAGCAUUUCUUCCAUCCAGCUCAGGUUAUCGAUGGCUACUACAAGACUCCAACAGAGGCGGGUUAUAGCGUUGAGAUGAAGCCCGAGAGCUUGGCGAGGUUCGAAUUUCCGGGUCAGCCUGGCGUUAGUUGGUGGGCGAGCGAAGAAGCUGCUGCGAUUUUGAAGGACAAUAAGAGUGAUGAAGUUUGGCUGUAG